AUGAAGGCCUGUUUGAGCGACGAGAAAAACGUCAAACUCUCUCGUGCCCUACGAUCGGUUCCUUUCAUGAUCAAGCCCAUCGAUCUAUUGUCGAUGGAGUUCUUGGCUUCGGGAAAGCUCAUUGUUCGCAGCAAGGGAUGCACGAUUUGCGAAGAUCCGGGUCUUGACGACAUCGUCUCCACCCAUACAUUGGUGUACUUGAAAACCAAAUCGACGUACACCGUUCAAUCGGAUCACUGUCCAGUCACCUCCGGGACCCUGAACUCCGAAUCAGCCAGCUCACUGGCCUUGUGGCAUCGCAAGCUGUCCGAGUCGACUGUCGAUCUGGACCACCAAAUGGAAGCCAUGAAGCUUGAUGUCCAGCAUAUUCUCAACAAUGUCUACAGCGGCUCGGAGAUCCUCGAGUUUCGACCCCAAUCGGAUCACAUGGGUUUUAGCGUUGUCCUGCAGAGUGACUGCGUUUUCUGUCAAAGCUCCAGUGUUGCUUUGCAUGGAUCUAUCACCGCGGAUGGAUUCCGAUUCAAAUGCUCUCACUGCAACUGCGAAGAUCCGAGUGGCAUGCGGCGUUAUCCAAUCGACCGCUUCCUCAAGAUCCAACCAUCGAGAAGCUUCAGCCAGUUCAUUGGACAAGUGAACUUCCAAUAUGUUCAUAACCAAUAUUCUGGCGUUCCUGAAAACGACAAGGUCAAAAGCACGGCCCACCUCGCAGACCCCACUCCGUACCUUUCGGAUAUCGGCCCUGAUGCCGCGCGGCUCUUCAAAGAGUACCUGACCAACUCAACGGGCGACGCAGAGCUGCUGGAUUUUAUUGUCUUUGUGUUCGGCGAAACUUGGAUCCACGAUCGCGAGCGCCCUGGCAAUUGGUACCACUUCAACGGGGUCGUCUGGGAAUGGUCCACUGGGAACAGUGAACUCAACAACACCAUUCUCGACUACCUCAAACAAGUGUUCAAGAGGGCCCUGGAUUGGUACUCCAACCAAGAAGGACGUGACCUCCCCCACGCCACUGCCACCGUCAGCCACCUCGAACGCAUGAAGCAGAAAAUGGUGGACUCUGGCUUUGUCGGGCACCUGGUCAACGGUGGUUGUUCCAAUAGUCUCUCGGUCAAGUAUAACGAGUUCAUGAGCAAGUGCAACAAGGACCCGUACAUCCACGUCACCAGGGACGGGACUCUGGAUUUGACCACAAUGACCUUCCGUCCAAGCCGUCCCAAUGACUACUUCACUCUGUGGUCCAAUGCCUACUUCAACGAUCAAAAUACUGCCGAGGUGCUGAAGGCCAUGGACCACCUCACCGACAUCAUCCGAACCAUCUUUACGGAUCCAGCACAGUUCGACUGGAACAUGCGCUACUUUGCCAGCCUGCUGGAUGGAUCCAAUGAUGAACAGUUCCUCGUCCUCGGUAUCGGCGAUUCAUCCAAUGGCAAGUCCCUGAUCAUCAAGAUUCUUCGAAUGACUCUGGGCUCCGCUUAUACUAAAAUGCUGCCCAGCAGCUACCUGUUCACAAGCUCCAACAGCAGCUCGACGGCGACGCCAGAGGUGGCAUCGAUCUCGAAUGCGCGAUUUGUGUAUGUGUCCGAGCUUGAGCGGAAGGGAAACAGGCCUCGACCAUUGAAUACAAUGCGCAUCAAGAACCUUGUCGGCGGCGACGAGGUCGGCUUUCGCGACGUCUACCAGGGUCAUAGUUCAAAGGAACUCAGGAUCAAGUUCAUGAUCAUGUGCAACCCUGAAGACAUCGACCUGGCCCACUUGACCAAGUACGAUGCAGUGUAUCGACGAGUCGUAUUCAAUCCCUAUCGCUCAAAGUUUGCCAUGAACCAGGAUCAAUAUCGCGCUUAUCAGCAGAAAUAUCCUGGAGCACCUGUGUUUAUGAAGGACGAGACUCUGGGAAGUAUUAUGGAGCGACAGGAGUACAAAAAUGCGAUGCACUGUCUCAUGUGCCAAUGGUACCCCAAGUACAGCAGCGGCGGCUCGUUGCUGAGGACAAGGCCGCCGAUCAUGAACGAGAAGGCGAUCCAAGAUAUGGGUCCCAGCACUGAUAGUGUGGCCGAGUUCAUUGAGUCAACCUUCAUUCUCCACCAACCUCAAUCUGAAGGCUACGACCAUAAGGACUUCAUCAUCAUGCUUCCUGCACUCUCCAUGGAAUUCUAUCAGUGGUUCAGGGACAAUGGAAAGGACGCUACCAACACCGACGAGAUUGCCAGGACAAUCACUUCCAAGCACGCUGCUCGACCGGGCCAUAACCUCACUGAACACCAAUUGAAGUUGGUGAUUGGUCCGAUUUUGAGCAGCCACAAGAAGCUACUCCCUCACUUUAUUGAGAAGACCAGUCCCGGGGGAACCAGGUCCUUCAAAGGGCUUGAACGAGUUGUGGGCAGUGGACACCAGGAUACUACGGAAACUACCGAGGCUGUUGGGGCAGCUGAUUAG